AUGCCCCACGUCGCGGCAUCCGCGGCCCGCUUGGCGGCGCCCCCCGCGGCCAGCAAGCACGCUCGCUCGCCGCAGCUCCCCGCUCGCGCCUCGGGCGCCCCCGGCGGUGCGUCCGCGCUCUCCCGCCGGCAAGCGGGCGCCGCCGUCGUCGGUUCGAUCUUCCUCUUCGCGCUGGACCGGCCCCAGGCUGCGCAGGCCAGCCAGACGGGCAAGCUCGGGGUGGACACGGAGCUGGCGCCCGUCGACGACGAGUACGGCCGCGCCACGCUGGAGCUGGGCGAGCUCAUGAGGUUCUACCUUACCACGACCGACCUGUACGACCCCAAGCGGUUCGAGGCGUACAAGAACAUGAAGCCCGCGAUCAAGACGUGGACGUCCAAGUACGCCCCGGGCGGCAGCACGCGCCGGGAGAGCCAGCGCAAGAUGUACAUCCUUGGCGACGCCUUCCUCGGCCAGUUCAACAGCAACGGCGUCGCGCCGUUCCCGCGCAAGAAGGCGGAGCAGAUGCUGAACGACCUGCAGACGAUCGAGACGAUGAUUGCUGCGGGGCAGUGA